UUGUUGAACAGAAUGUGGCAUGUGCGUGUUAGCUUUGCUGCUUGUGAUUAUAUACUUCCCAGAUAAACCCAAACUUCCACCAACUGUAUCAGCUUCUGUGGAGAGGGUAGAUUUUGGAGAAGGGGUAAAACAAUUAAUGAGAAACGUGAAGUUUUGGAUGAUCUGUCUAACGUAUGGUGUGUCAUUAGGAGUUUACAACUCCUGGCAGAGUGUCCUUGAUGUCAUACUUAAGCCUCAUGGAAUAUCUGAGGAUGAAGCAGGAUGGCUGGGAUUUUAUUCAUUAGUAGCAGGAUGCAUUGUGACACUGGCUGUAGCUAAAUUUGCAGACAUCUUUGCAAAGCAUAUGCGCUUAUUCCUACUAGUCUUAUAUAUUGGUGGAUGUGGUAGUCUAGUCUGGUUUACAUUCCUUCUUUUGGGAACCAUCCAUUCAUCUACAGUGCAGUUGUACAUGUCUAUCAUAUUGCUAUCCAUGUUUCUUGGAUCCACGUCGCCUCUGUAUUUUGAGAUGGCCUGCGAGGCAACCUAUCCUGUAGCAGAGGGCAUUACUAAUUUAGUAUUAACAUUAGUUAACAAUAUAGGAGGCUUAAUAUUCUUAGGUGUACAGAUGGUGCCACAUAUUGGGACAAGAUGGGAGAACUGGUGCCUGUUAGGAGCUAUUGCAGCCUGUAUACCUGUCUUAGUGUUUCUUAAAGAAAAUUACAACCGACUUGAGAUAGACGAAACUGAGAUAAACUUAGAUUCAAACUAAAUUAUCAGUUUAUGAACAUUUUCACUCGUUCAGUUAAACAAUAAGUAGUUGGACCUUAUUUCUUGAUUAUUCCAUAAAAAAUAAAAUAUAUCUACAUUAUAAAACGAUCCACUAUGCAAAAUGAAAUGAACAAAACAUUAUAGCAGGGUUGGUAGCCGCCAUUUUGUCUAGUUUCACAACAGAAAGUUCAAUAUAUAUAAAAACGCAAAAAUUAAGAAGACAGCAGGGUGAGCAAAAACAUAAAAAAUACAGGAGGAAGAAAACCAAAAGUUCACAAAACAUUUUAAGUAAAUUGAGAACCAAUGACACUUCUUAUAUCCAAGAUUUUAAUUAGGGGCUUCGGAAGGGUAAGCACUUCCUGCGCCAUAAGUUGCACUCCUCUCGAUUGUCACGACAUGGGAAUAUCCGAUGAUAAGUCGAAUUCAGUGAAAAGUGUCAUCAACAAGGAAAGGAGGACGGUUUAGGCAUAUUGAAGAUACCUCUAGGUAACUUUGACAGAGUGAACAAAGUCAUACCUUUGAAGACAUCAUUUCAACAGUACCAAUUAGUACCGUUACAUCAAGCACUUUCUUGAAAGAAGCAUCAAGCAAAGUAAUAAAGAUAGGAAACACAAGUUUACAAAUUGUACCAACGGAGAUAUUAUAGUCAACGAAAUUUAAAUAAGAUAGCGAUAGGACACCAUGUUAACAAAACGGAUUAAGAAAUUAAUGAAUAAUAUAGGUUCAUUUCAUUCUUCCAAGUCAAUGAAUCAGAGACUGGAUAAGAUGGUCUAAAUUCUGUUUAUUCUAUUAAAUGUCAUUUUCUCUA